AAUUUAAUGGGUUGUCUCUUCACCAUGGUGUAAUAACAAAAGCCUUUGUCGAUUAAAUCAAAUAAAGUAUAAGAGGAAAAAUUAAAUGACUAAAAUAUUGAAGAACAACCAUUAAAUUAAUAAUUUAUACAUAUCGAAUUUCCAUUGACACAUGUCGAAGAACCAAUAAUGUAUAUCGACGUACCAUUGAUACAAGAUGAUAACUCAGAUUUGUUAACUGAUACUUCUCUUGAUAAAUAAGAAAUUUAACAAAUUGAUGAAUCUAUCAAAUUAAGAAAAAUUUAACUAAUGAAAAUAAAAGCUUGCGAAAAAUUCAAAAGACAUAAUUCAUUACUAGUAGUAGGUACAAUUUACGAAGAAGAAAAAAAAAAAUAAAGAGCCUUUUCAUAGAAUAAGAUAAUUAAUAAAAAUAUUUCUAUUAAUAAUUUUUAUUAUUAAAAAUUCCUAAGCUAAUAUAAAGCAUUUGAAUAGCCAUUAGAUCAAUAGAAAAAUAUGAUUCAUUAGAAUAUAGAUCAAAUUGAUUAAGAAAUUAGAGAAGAAAUUUUUUCCUAAGAAAAUUCUUUCUCAUCUUUGAAAUCAUUAGUUUCCUUAUGCAAAUAUUGUACAAAUGAAAUUUAGGAAGGUGAAUACUAACUUGAAUGUUUUCAUUGUUAUCAUGCAAAAUGCUUAGAAGAAUUAAUAAUAAAUUAAAUUGAAAAAGAUUAAACUUUAAUCAGUUGUCUAUGUCAUUAAUCAAUCAAGACUAAACUAAUAAAAUAAAUUCUAUUAACUAAUAAUGAAAAAUACGAACAUUUUUUAGAAAAAUAAAGCUUAUUUUUGAAGUCAAUCUUAUAAUGA